ACGCCAUUUACGCUGCACCAACGCGCGUAAUUUACCAAUACCCAUCACCUUCAUCUCCACUAACCUUCCAACAACAUGACUGGACGCGGCAAAGGUGGCAAGGGUCUCGGAAAGGGUGGCGCCAAGCGUCACCGCAAGAUUCUUCGUGACAACAUCCAGGGUAUCACCAAGCCCGCUAUCCGUCGUCUCGCUCGCCGUGGUGGUGUCAAGCGUAUUUCAGCUAUGAUCUACGAAGAGACCCGUGGUGUCCUCAAGACUUUCCUCGAGAGCGUUAUCCGUGACGCCGUCACCUACACCGAGCACGCUAAGCGCAAGACCGUCACCUCCCUCGACGUCGUCUACGCCCUCAAGCGCCAGGGCCGUACCCUCUACGGUUUCGGUGGUUAAACAUCUCAUCUUCUCGUCACGACACAUCGGCGCCCGGCAUCGACGGCUUCUCGCGGCUUCUUGGUCGGGGAUUGUCCGCAUGGUCACACAUUGUUUAUGGAUAUGAUCUGGUCACGGCUAUCGGUCUUCACGGCGUUAUGUUCAUGGGUGGUUUGGAAAUGAUCAAUAUGAAGCUUCGAUCUUCACUUAGCUAGUUCAGUCAAUGCAUACAUAUUCAUGCA